GAAAGUCUAUCAACGCUGUGCAUAUGUACGCACUAACAAGAGAACAGAUACAGCCGCGUUUUACCAUUGUGGUACUUGCACAAGGCAAUAGGACUCAAUUUGACUCUUUAAUUAGUCAGUACAUCAUUUUCGCAUGACUUGGUCAUGCACGCGUGUAAGAGAAAGAAACCAAACGCGUUUGUUUUGAUGUUACAUCCAACGCAGUAACAGACACUGGUGCAGACUUAAAAAAAAAAACUGUAAAAAGAACUUUAUCGUCUUUCGAGCAAAUUGCCCUGGCUAGCUCUCAAGCGUUUGCGAAACCAAAGAAGGAGAAAAGCAACAUGCAUGUAUAGUCAUAGAAUGUAGUGUAGACGACCAAUCGAAACUUUCGUAAUGCGCUUAGGCUUUAGGUUUAGUCUGAUACAAUACACGCUUCGCGGUUAACGUCGUUUGAAAUUCUCGUAUCCGCGUGUGUGGCCAAAGUUGCGGAAGAAAAAGAAAGAAAAAAAUAGAGAGUUCACGUUAUAUUAAAUAAAGUGUAUUCUUUAUUCCACUAUCGCGGCGACGCACUUAAUAGUGUUAUGUGUUAAGAUGAUAGAUCGCAACAAACAUCAGUGUUUAUUAUGAAUGCUUAGGGGAUUAAGUUUUAAGAGUUAAGAGCCGUAGAGGAGAGAUAACGUAUUAUAACAGUGAUAUUUUGAUUGUGAUUUGUACCGGCAAUUCAACGUACAAUAUGAAUUGAGUUUAUCGGCCUGAGAUCCAAGAGAACCAUCGCGCUCCAUACUUGCUUGCACUUUAAGUUCCUGCACUCUUGCAAGAUAAGAGAGCUGGACUAAGGAGAUGGAACGAACUAAUGAUAAUAUUUGAUCACUCCAAGAUAUCCAAAUGAAGAGAUAUAUAAAUGAAGUUUCGAUACGAAUAAGAUUCUAAAUAAAAAAAAUUCAAUAUUGUAAAUGGGAAAAAAAUUUUCUUCGCAGAGGAUAAGUGGUUGCUAAAGCAUUAAUAGUUGUUCUACUGACGAAUAGAAUGCAAAUAUUCACAUUCCAAAAUAUGACUCGGUUGGGGGAGAGGAUGGUCAGUAUGAGCUCAAUGCUUGUGGAAACAGUGAGCAUAAAUUAUGAAGAUUUUAACGAAAGCUUUUUGACAUGCGGCACAUGCCUUUGUGUAUACGACGGUAGCGAACAUACACCCAAAUUAUUACCAUGUUCUCAUACAGUAUGCCUACAUUGCCUCACAAGAAUAGCGGCUUCUCAAACUCGCGAAGCUGGAGCUUUUCGAUGCCCAAUUUGUAGAGAAUUGAUUACCAUUCCACGAGGUGGAGUUCCAGCACUGCCUCCAAGUUUCUUGGUUAAUCAAUUAUUGGAUUUAAUGUCUAGACAACGCAGAGAGGUUAUACCAAAAUGUUCGUUACACAUAAAUCAAGAAUUAUUAUUUUGUGAAACAUGUGACACAGUUUUUUGCACAGUAUGUACUGGAGGAAGUCAUGCUGGCACAUCACCCGGAUGUACAGAACAUACUAUAAUUCCAUUUAGUAUAGCUAUAAAACGUAUGUCGGAAAUAUUAUUAUAUAAGGCUAACGAAUGUAUAUCAAAGUUGACUCAAGCCCAAGACUCUGUAAGUACGGAGCUUCAAAGGUUAGAUACUAGAAAACAAAAGUGUUUGGAAGCAGUGGAUGCUGAAUUUGAUGUCAUUAUUGCAAAAGUAGAGAGGCGAAAAGCUGAACUACAUGCUGCUGUAAUUGCAGCAGUACGAGACAAAAAACAUGUUCUUGAAGAACAACAUGCACUCAUUGAAGCGGAAAAAAACAAAGUAGAACGUGAAUGUGAAGGCCUACAGUAUCAGGUUGAAGUAAUAAAUAUUACUCAAAGAAUUGGUAGUUUAUCCGAUCAGUUAGAUGCUGUAGUAGCACUUAGUGAACCCAGGGAAAAUGCUUUUAUUACUUCAGAAUUUAAUCAUAAUGAUGCUCUUAACAAUUUGGAACAAGCUCUUAAUGGGUUUGGAAGAGUUAGAUCUAGUACAACAUUACCAGGUUUAUGUCGGGCUAAACUGAGAGAUACGGCUGUAGUCAAAUUACAGAAUGCUGUACUGGUGGAAACAGUUGAUUAUCAUGGCCUACCUCGAAAUACGGGUGGUGAUCCAAUUGGAGCUGAAUUAACUGUAACUGACAAUACCCAGUCACAAAAUGAAAAUUCUGUUGAAACGGAAGUUAAAGAUCUUGAAAAUGGAAUAUAUGAAAUUAGAUUUCGACCAACGGUAGCUGGUCACUACGCUUUAAAAAUAUCAGUUUUUGAAAGAACUAUUAAAGAUUAUCCUUUAUUCUUUGAUGUAACUGAGCAUAAUGAACCAAUAAAAUGUUAUGGACAUAGAGGUUCCGGUAAAGAAGAAUUUCAUCAACCAGUUGCUGUUGCUGUAGAUGAUAAUGGAAUUGUGUAUAUUGUAGAUACUGGAAAUUCGAGAAUAAAGGUACUUGAUAAUGAUUUAGAAUUUCAAAGACAUAUUUAUAAUGAAGGAUUAGAAGGGCGAAGUUGUACAGGCAUCGCAGUUUCUGAACAAGGUUUGGUGAUUGUAAAUUGGAGAACAAAAACAGUAACAGAAAUGACCACUCUUGGUAAUACUAUUAGAUCCUUUUCACAUAAUGCCUUUCAAGAACCCAUAGAUGUAGCAGUGGAUAGAAGUUAUGGACACAUUUUAGUUGCUGAUAAUGGACAAUGCUAUGUAUUUGUAUUUGACUGUGAUGGAAAAAUUCUUUUUCAGAUUGGAAAGAAAAAUAUGUUUCAGUUAAUAAUAUCUGUCGCUGUUGGUCCAGCUGGUGAAAUUUUAGUUGCUGGUUCGUGUAUUCAAGUUUUUUCUGCUAAAGGUGACUUUACAGAAGAAAUUAAUGUCGAAGGAAAAGGUAAAGGCAGAUAUGGGGGAAUUGCCAUUGAUAAUGAAGGGAGAAUAUUAGCUUCUCGUACUGAAAAAGGACAUACAGUAAUUCAAGUUUUAAAACUUGGCGGUGGAACUCUUUUAUCAGAAAUUGAUUCUUACAAUUCAAAGUUACGUCGUCCAUCGGGAAUUGCCGUUUUGCCUGAUGAGCAUCUUGUCGUAGUGGAUUUAGGCAACGAUUGUAUUAAAAAAUACAAAUAUUGGUAAAAUAAUGGAUCAGCAUUUAAAGGAACUCAUAAAGAAGAUGUUUUAUCCACUUGGCCACUAAGAGUAUAUAGAACACAUCUAUCUUAUUUGUAUUGAAAAAAUUGCCACUAACGUAAAAUCAAUUAUGUUCAGGUAUAUGUAUUACGUUGUGAUGUGAUAAAUAUGUGGCAUUCUAAAAAUCUACGAACCCGAGAAUGAACAAGAAUUAUAAAAGAAAAGAUUUGCCGAGAUAAUUAGAAUAUUGUAUCGUUAAACGAUGGCACAAAUGUGUAGGUAUUAUAUGAAGGAGAAAUUUUCCAAAUCCCUAUCACAUUUAGUAGACAUUACAUCUGAUGAUCUGCUUGAAAAUGUCCUCAGCCCUCAAUAAUGUAUUAUCAAUUAUUAUACAAUAUUUUUUAUUUUACUUUUUUAAUCUCUUUACUAAAAUCGUAUAUUUUAUUAGUGCAAUGCUUAUUGUAACUAAUAUUCCAUAAAGUAAAGUCAGACUAUAUUAUUUGUAUAUUUUC